AUGGCGGUCGACCAGGAGUAUCCCAAGAUCACUGGAUACGCGGUCCACGAUGUUGAAGAUCACCCUCCUCCACCCCCGCGAUCGGACACAUCCAACUCCAUUAUCAGCGACCAUCAGAUCGUGUCUCAGCAUGAGCAAAUCAGCUUGGUCCGCGGUCUGUCGCAACGGCACAUUCAGAUGAUUGCCAUUGCUGGCGCAAUUGGAACUGGUCUUUUCCUCGGUCUUGGCGGCUCCAUCGCUACAGGUGGCCCUCUUGGCGCAUUGCUAGGCUACAUUUUCGUAGGCCUCGUCGUCUGCUCUAUCCAGUACUCGCUGGGUGAAGUCUCGGCUCUGCUGCCCGUGACCGGUUCCUUCGUGCGCCAUGCAGAGGUUCUCGUCGACCCUGCGCUGGCAUUUGCCAUCGGAUGGAACGUUGUGUACGGCUGCUUUAUCAGCGUGCCGAGCGAAAUCUCGGCCAGUGUCGUGUUGAUCCAGUAUUGGACCGACAUUAAUGCCGCCGUAUGGGUAACUAUCCUCCUCGUGGUGUCGGUGGUUGUCGCCAUCUCUUUCAUCGGCGUCUAUGGGGAAAUCGAGUUUGUCUUUGCUAUCCUCAAGAUUUUACUCGUCGUUUUCGUCGUCAUUCUCGGCCUGGUCAUUGACCUGGGUGGUGUGCCUGGCAAGCCCCGCCUGGGCUUCCACUACUGGAAGACGCCGGGUCCAUUCGUCGAGUACAUUGCCUCAGGCUCCUGGGGAAAGUUCUUGGGGUUCUGGGCCGUGAUGACCAACGCUGUGUAUUCCUUCGCCGGUGUAGAAUCGCUGGCAAUGGCCGCUGCGGAAACCAAGAACCCACGCCACAACAUCCCGAAGGCAUGCAAGCGCGUCUUCGCUCGUGUCUCGAUCUUUUACGUUGCCGCAGUGCUGGUCGUCGGUAUGCUGGUCUCCAGCAGUGAUCCCCGUCUCGGCAACGACUCGGGAACCGCAGCCACAAGCCCUUUUGUCAUUGCGGCCAGUGAUGCAGGAAUCAAGGCCAUUCCGUCCGUUGUCAAUGCCGUCUGCCUGACUUCGGCUUGGUCCGCGUCCAAUCAGAGUAUGCUGUCUGGAACGCGUACUCUGUUCGGCCUUGCUAUCAAGGGCCAUGCGCCAAAGAUCUUUCUCAAGACGACCAGUUGGGGUGUCCCCUAUAUGUGUGUGUUGCUGCAGAUCGCCUUUGCUCUGCUAGCGUACAUGUGCGUCUCUAAUGAGGCUCUGACCGUGUUCUAUUGGUUCGUGGAUCUGACCGCUGCUGGCACUUUGGUCUCUUGGAUUAGCAUCGCUUUGAAUCAUAUCCGCUUGUUGCAGGCGUUGAAGGCGCAGGAAAUUUCUCCAAAUGAGUUGCCAUGGCAUAACCGGAUUACUCGCUACUCUAGCUGGUUUGCCCUAGUUACCUGUGUCAUUUUCCUGCUGACAGGAGGCUUCACGGUCUUUACGAAGGGUAACUGGGACCCCGCUUCAUUCGUAUCGUCCUACUUGGACAUCCCUCUUGUUUUAUUUGCGUACCUGGGCUAUAAGUUGAUCCGCGGCACAAGUAUUGUUCCAUUAGAUCAGGUACCGAUCCGCCAAGCUCUUCAGGAGGCGGAAAGCGAUCCUGAGAACGUACCGAUCGCGAAAGAGAGCAUUUGGCAGAAGAUCAAUAUUUUGUGGGGGUAA